CUCGGGGUGCGGGGGGGGUCUCCGCCGGGCGCUGCGCGGGAGGGAGGGAGGGUCGAGGCGCCGCUGCUGGCCUGGGCGGGGGCUCCUUCCUGCUGCCCGCCCGACUGCCAGGGCGGGGGGCCCGGGCGAGCGGAAGGGGCGGAAGGGAGGGCGCGCGGCCUCCGGGCGGCAGGGGGCGCUCCGGCCACCAGAAGGGCCCGCCCCCGCCCGUGACGUCGCUCGCCUGCGCCGCUGCGGGGAGCCCAUGCCCGCCGUGACGUCACUGGUCUGCGCUGCUACCGGGAGCCCGCGCCGCCUGCCGGCCUGCCUGCCUGCCCGGGGCCGCCGCCGCCGCCAUGUUCGAGGAGGGCGCCUGGAGCGACGGAGAAGGGGCGCCCCCACCGGCUGCGCGCCCCCCGCUCCCGCCGCCGCCCCCCGCCCGCCGCCGCCGCCUCCUGGCCACCCUGCGGCGCUUGGAGGCCGCCUCGGCCGCCGCCAUCCCGCCCAGCGCCUCUUCUCCCCGCGGGGAGCGCAGCGCGGCGGCCGAGGCGGAGCCCGAGGGGGGGGCGGGGGCGGAGCGGCGGCUGAGCAGGCGGCAGUGGCGGAACCGGCAGAAGAACCAGCGGCGGCGCAAGAACAAGUUCCGUCCCGGCCAGCGCCCGCCAGCGCCCCGCUCCCCCUCGCCGCCGCCCCCCGGGGCCCCCUCGCCCCCCUCGCCCCCCUCGCCCCCGGUGCGGCGGCGGCUGGAGCAGCGGCUGGACUCGGCCCGCUUCCGCUACCUCAACCAGCAGCUGUACAGCCGGCCCAGCCGCCAGGCCGCCCGCCUCUUCCAGCAGGACCCCGAGGCCUUCGCCGCCUACCACCGCGGCUUCGCCCAGCAGCUGGCCCGCUGGCCCGACAGGCCCCUGCAGCGCUUCGUCCGCUACCUGCGCCGCAGGCCGGCUUCGCUGGUGGUGGCCGACUUCGGCUGCGGGGACUGCACGCUGGCCCGGAGCAUCCCGAACCGCGUGCACUGCUUCGACGUGGCAGCCCUGGACCCCCGCGUGACCAUCUGCGACAUGGCCCAGGUGCCCCUGGAGGAUGCUUCUGUGGACGUGGCGGUUUUCUGCUUGGCGCUCAUGGGGACGAAUCUGUGUGAGAUCCUGGAAGAAGCCAACCGGGUGUUGCGAGUCGGGGGCGUUCUCCUGGUGGCCGAGGUGGCCAGUCGCUUUGAAGACCUGCAUGGCUUCCUGGGGUCCUUGGCCUCACUGGGUUUCCAGUUGGUCUCCAAGGAUGUCUCUGGCUCCCACUUCUACACACUGGAGCUGCGCAAGGAGGGUCCGCCACACACCAGUGGGGCUGGCCCCACGAAGACACCCGCAGGCUUGGUGCUCCGGCCCUGCGUCUACAAGCGGCGCUGAGGGGGGGGUGAAGCCAGGGCGCAUGAUGUCUGUGCGCAGUCUGAAUAAAGCACCUGCCAUCCCUGGCCAAAGCUAUGCUGUCCGCCAUUCAGCACAAUGGCGUGGCUGUGUGGACGGUGGCGGAGCAGAGGGCGACGUGGACCGUGGCAGGGAGCUCUGGGGCUGGAGGCGGUGCUGGCUCCAGGGUGGCGGGUACGAAACUGGACUUCAACCCGGCUGCCUUGGCAGAGCUGCAGUGCUGGUCAGAACUGGGCACCGCCGGGUGGGGGGGGGGGGACUGUGCUGUAGGGGUUGCUGCUGAGGCUCCCUGCAGAGGUGGGACCCGGUGGCUCCCGUGGUCUCAGGCUCCUUGCUGCCGAUGAGCCUGCCCGGGGUUCAUGCAGGAGCUGACGGGCUAGAGGGCCUGGCCAGACCGGGAGGCAGAACCAAGGAGCACGAGGGCCAGGCUUUGUAUACGCAAACAAUACAUCCCUUUAUUUCUGUA